AUGCCAGGUCCUCGUCGGCGCAGAAGCAGCUGCAGUAGCGGUAGUAGCAGUGGCAGCGGCAGCUCCAGUUCGAGUUCCAGUUCCGGCUCAAGCAGCAGCAGCUCAAGCCGUCAUAGCAGCAGCAGCAGUAGCGAUGAUACUACCGUUGUCAUUGCGCCGCGUCCUUCGCAUCACCAUCGUCAUCGACACCAGCACCACUCCUGGUAUGCGCGCUCAAAGUCACCAGAACCAGAACCAUCAUAUACGACUGUGCAAAGGACGAGAGUGCGCACGCGGUCUGAGUCGAUUAUUCCUUUCAGAAGGGGGUUCUUUGAAAGUCCGCCUCGUUCGCCGUCUCCGGUGUAUAGAUGUGUGAGAUAUGUUGAGCCUGGGGGCUGGGGACGAUCGCGUUUGCACCAUCCGGGGAGAGUAUGGGAGGAGGAGGUGAGAUUUGUCUCUGGGAGGGGAGGAUGA